AUGGUGCAACAUGGUUGUUCAGCAUUUCUGGAUAGUGUGGUGGAUAAAUCCAAGGAGUCAGAGUUAAAACUGGAAAAUGUGCAUAUUUUUCGUGAGUUCCCGAGGGUGUUUCUCGAGGAAUUACCAGGAUUACCCCCGGACAGAGAAAUCAAGUUUGUGAUCGAGCUUGCACUAGAAACAACACUGAUCUCUAAAGCGCCAUAUCUAAUGGCACCUGUGGAGUUGAAAGAACUUAAGAACCAGCUACAAGAGUUGUUGGACAAGGGUCUCCUGUCCAAAGUUAAGUAUGACAUUGGUGAUUCUUGUUCACUGGAUUACCUUAUUGAUAGCAUUUUCCCUCUAGUUAGAAAGCAUAUUGAGCCAGACCUUCAUCAUGCACAGGUUGGAAGGAUGACUUUAGGUGGGCUACUUGGUUUGGGGUACAAUGUAGUUGUCAGUUAUAAACGAGCAUCUAUGUCAGUGAAUAAUGACAAUGUAUCUAUUUCACUUGAAACAAUUGAUACUCUUGGAUAUGCUGCAUUAGUAUCCUGUGUUUUGAAGUUCUUUCUAUUACAUAUGAAGUAUAUUUUGGGUACAGGGGAGGAUUGGUGGACAACCUGUUUGACAGUUGGAAAUGAAGCAUCAAAGAUGGGCGUUAGUGGACUGUGGCUCACUAAAUCAUAUCUUGAAAUAAUUAUUGAGAGAAAAGGUGUACCUCGUCUUAAUACACCUCCACUUUUGCCUAAUUCAUCUCUGGCCAGCAAUCAAGACAAAAUGAUAAUUGCACCAAAGCCAAUCCGGGUUACUCCAAAUCUUGUUAAUAAGCUUGAGGAUCUAUCUCAGCCAUGGACUCGAUCUCCAAAAAAAUCAAAAAUGGAACCUGUAGUGGCAACAUGGCAUUUCAUUUCUUCAGACCCUCCUACAAAUAGCUCAGCCAUCGCAACAACAGAUCCUUCCAGUUUCAAGGACACCAUGAAACUUGCUCCAUUGCCCAAUUCAUAUGACUUGGAUAGAGGAUUGCUUCUUUCUGCUUUGUUGGAGAAUAAAGGUUUCCCAGUUAUAGUUGGAAUUGGUCUGUUGAACUACUCCCUCCCUCCUCUUGUUGUUGAUAUUAAACUUGGCUAG